UAAGAUCGUUGGUCUUUGUUAAUUAGCUUAAUUGUAAGAAUUAAUUGAUUUAGUUAAUUUUUGUUCUCUUUUUGUUCUCUUUUUUUUUUAAAUUCUUUUCUGUGGAAUAUGAAGAGUCUGUUUCAUGUAUUUCGAUUAGUUGUCAAUCCUUUUGUUACAAGAAAUCAUCGGAAAACCAAUAAUGUGACUUGCUAAUUACAAGAGAAAAUGAUGAGCCAUUUUGUUUGUAGGCCUUUCAUUUUUUAUUUCAACAAUUCUUCAGAAUUUUGGAACAUCAUUUACCGAAAAUGAUGAUGAUGAUGAUGAAGACUAUGGUGAUAACAAUACUACUACUACAUGUUAAUGGUCCAAAUGGAAACUAUGAAUACUAUCCAAUUGAUCCUUGCAACUGUUUAAUAUAUUAAGAAGAAGUGACCAAUGGCUCUCUUUUUUUAUAUUCUCUCUCCAUGUGUGUUGAAUAUACACAAUAAUCGAUCGAUAUGCAGUUAACAGCGGAUUAAAUGAAUUUGUUAAUCGUUCAACAUCAACAACCAAACUAUCAACAAUUAUAUUGGAUUCUGAUUCCACCUUAACAAUUAACAAUUUGUGUUCAAAACUUUCAACCGGAAAUUUCUUGGUAAUUCUGGACAUUCAAGGAUCUAAAACAAUCACCGAUGAUAAUCAAUCAUCAGUAAUCAGUAAUCAAUUAAAACUAUUUGCUCGUAACAUGAGGAUUCCAAUGGUAACAAUAUCAACUAAAUGUUCAUCACAAUCAGAAUGGGUUAAUGUUGAUUCAAUAGAAUCUCAAUUUUUGGUGAACUUUCAAUCGCCAUUAACGAUUCUAAUUAGAUCGCUAAUAGAUAUAACUGAACAUUUCCAAAUUAACAGUGGACACAUUUUCUAUCAAAAUGAUAUGGCUGAUUAUGUUCCAUGUUUAAUGAAAGAAUCGUCUUUGGUUAAUUUUACUUUUCAACUGAUUAACUUUUCUGAUAAUAAUAAUUCUUCAUAUCAAAAUGGUUCACAAUUAAAUUUGAUUGUUAACAAUUUGGUUCGUUUAAAAGUUACAAAUUUCCUCACAAUUGGUCAAUCAUCUUUCAUCAAUAAAUUACUCGAAACGUUUCGUGUCAACAAUUUAUUUAAAGAACCUUACAAAUUGAUUGUAAUAUCAAAGGAUUCAGAUAAAAUUAAGUGUUUCUCUUGUAAACAUGGCCAGUUAAUUGUUGGUCAACCGAUUAUGUCGCCAAAUAGUGAUUACGAUGAGCCUUCACCAUCGCCCUAUUUUAAUCAUGCUAAAUUGUUAUCGCAAAAUGUUUACGAGUUUUACUAUUAUCAUGAUUUAACUCAUUUAAUUUUACGAUCAAUUGAUUAUUCGCUUUCUUCUUCUGGUCAGAUAAUUAACUCAACAGUUAAUAGUUUAUCACCAGGAGAAACAAUAAUAACCGAUAAAACCUCAUGCUGGAAAAACUGGCCAAUAGAUAUCAACUCUGAAAGGAACAAUGAUUUAAUUACCAUUCCAUUUGUUGAAUCAAUUAGAGACUUUGGUGAACAAUAUUAUGGUAAACUUGGUCCAUUUAGGCUUGUUGGAACUGGUGAAAAUAACAAUUUACUAACUGGUUAUCAAGAAAUAUCAAUAAGAUUGAAAAAGCAACAAUAUCAAUCCAAUGAAAUUCAAAUUGAAACUUUAAGUGAAUGGGAAUAUGGUUUACCCUAUGGUCGAGUUUAUUUUACAGCCAAACAAUCAGAAGGAAAUAAAUCUGAUUCAAUAUUGAAGAUUGGACUUUUCAUGACUCCACCAUUUGUUGUUAAACGGAUCAACGAAACGAAUGUCAAGCAAAUCAUUUACGAAGGAUUUUUGAUUGAAUUAUUUGAGGAAAUUAAAAGACGAUUGGAGACUAAAUUUCCUGAAUAUGAGUUUGAAGAAAGUUCUGAAAGUUCAAUUGGUAUAUUGGAAAUGGAUGAAGAUGCUGAAACAGAAGAGGACGAAUUAAAUUUUAAUGGUUUAAUUAGUGAAAUUUUUCAAAAUGAUUAUCAAAUGGCUUUAGCUCCAGUUGAGAUAACCGAGGAUCGACAAUUAGUUUCCGAUUUUAGUGAACCUAUUUUCGAUCUGAUUGGAUUUUCGAUUCUAAUGAAAAAGCCUAUCAAAGAAUCUCAUGUCUGGAAAUUUAUAACUGUCCUUGAACCCGAUGUUUGGCUUUGUAUUACUGGUGCAUAUCUUUUCACGUCCAUUUUACUGGCCAUUUUUGAUCGAUUUUCACCUUACAGUUAUCGUAAUAGGCCAGAGCGAUAUGAAUCAGAAAAUGAAGAGUGUAAAAGAAUCUUCACCUUUAAAGAAGCACUUUGGUUCUGUUUUAUAUCUUUAACACCUCAGGGAGGCGGUGAUGCACCUAAAUGUAUUUCGGGUCGUCUUGUGGCCGCAAUUUGGUGGCUAUUUGGUUUCAUCUUUGUCGCAUCUUACACAGCUAAUUUGGCCGCUUUUCUAACGGUAUCCAGGUUGGAAAAUCGAGUCGACACCAUGGAUGGAUUAGCGAAACAAUAUAAGAUUCGAUAUGCACCCGUUGAAAAUUCAGCAGCUGAUUCUUACUUUAUUAAAAUGGCUCAAAUUGAAGAUAAAUAUUACGACAUUUGGAAAAAUCUCUCACUUGAUGAUAGUAUAACGGAGGAUGAAAGGGCUAACCUUGCAGUUUGGGAAUAUCCUGUUAGCGAUAAAUAUACAAAGAUUAAGGCUCAAAUUGUUGAGAUUACAAGACCAGGAUCAAUAGAAGAAGGAUUCAAACGAGUUCGUAGCUCGGUUACCGCAAAUGAAGGAUUCGCUUUCAUCAGUAGCUCUCUGGAUAUUGAUUAUUUAACUUACCUUAAUUGCGAUGUUUACAAAGCGGGUGAUGAUUGGGCAUAUCAUCCAAUUGCAUUUCCAAUAUCCAAAAAAGAGCCUUACAAUUUGAAAGAGCUAAUUGAUCCCGUUAUUCGUGAAUUAAAAGCCGAAGGUUAUAUAACUGCUUUGAGAAUCAAAUAUUGGGAAGAUAAUCCUGCUCGAAAAACUUGUCCCGAUUGGAGGAAACUUUCCAAUGGAUUAGUAUUAGCUGAUACUUGGGGAAUGUUUCUAAUAGUUUUGGUUGGAUUAAUUGCAACAAUGAUUUUCAUCAGUGUAGAAAACUUUUUAAUCAUUUGUUUAUCAAGGAGAAAUUUGAAUUCAUCAAAAUCAACCAGCAACCGUUUAAAGUUAAUCAAAUUUUAACCACAAUUAAUAACCAAUAACAAAGUAAAAAUCGUGAUAAACAAUCAAAGGAACAGUUAAAGACCCAAAGUGAAAGUGUUUCCAUUUGGAUUGAAAAUCAACAUGAUGAUGGGUUAGUGUGUUUGUUUUUUU